GGCAGAGUGACUCGAACAAGCGCCGCAGAAGUUUUAACCUCAAACACAGGAAAAGCAAGAGGACAGAGGGAGAAGAAGACGUGUCACCUUUGUGAGAGUCAGUUUGCAGGAUGGGUAAUACUAAGAGCAGCGCUUUGUCGAAGGAGCUCCUGGAGGAACUGAAAUCCAACACAAAAUACUCAGAGGCUGAGCUCUGCACCUGGUACCAGUCCUUCCUGAAGGAAUGUCCCAGCGGGAAGAUCACCAAGCAGCAGUUUGAAGGCAUCUACGCCAGCUUCUUCCCAAACGCAGACCCCACAGAGUACGCACGGCACGUGUUCAGGAGUUUCGACACCAAUGCGGACGGCACGUUGGACUUUAAGGAGUACAUUGUUGCUCUGCACCUGACAUCCGGGGGAAAGACUCUGCAGAAGCUGGAGUGGGCCUUCGCUUUAUACGACGUGGACGGGAAUGGAACCAUCAGCAAAAGUGAAAUCCUAGAGAUUGUUAGGUCAAUAUUCAACAUGAUUCCUGUUGAUGACCAGAAGCACCUCCCGGAGGAUGAAAAUACGCCGGAGAAGAGGGCGGAAAAAAUCUGGGAAUUCUUUGGGAAGAAGGACAACGACAAAAUCUCAGAGGGAGAAUUCAUCCAGGGUGUGAUGGACAACAAGGACAUCCUGCGAUUGAUACAAUACGAUGAACCUCAGAAAAUUAAAGACAAGCUCAAAGAGAAGAAGCAAUAAGAUACUGGCAGCAAAGGGGGACAGAAAAAAGCCCCCUCAUGUCAUCUUAAGACUGUUUUAUUUUUCUGUUUACAUUCUAACAUGAUCUGGGUCUUGACCACUUGAUCUACACCUCUCUCUUUUUCUAUUUUGUUAAUUUUUUGGCCAUAGCAACCAGCCAGUGUUGUAUUUUUGUCUUUGUACCCAGAGAACAAUUAAAGGAACAAUAUGUCAUAUAUAUACUGUGUUAAAUCAUGUAAUAGGCAUGAUAUCUCAUCAGAGAUUAAGAAAACAUAAGUUAAAAUACUGGCCUCCCCAACAACAGUGCUACGGUAUGUAUGCCCUCCUAUGAAAUGUCCAUUCCAGUGCAGUACGUCUGUUUUUGUUUUAGUCUGUGUGAGCCUGUUUAUACCAGGGGAAUGGUCAAUCUUUAAGGUUGUACUUUUCAGGUUGUAGUUUUUAGGCUGAACAACAUGUUCUCGUGAGACGGUGUGCAACUGGCUUUGAGGAAGGCAUAUGUUUUUCUCUUUUCUGGUGGGUGUGUCACUGGUGUUACUUAAUCAGCAGCAAUGUGUAUAUAAAUGAAUAUAUAUAAAUAAAGCCGUUUUGAAUUGAACUGAAUGAACCCUACCAUAUUAAAGGCAGUGUAGGACAACAGAUUGUUCAACGCACCACCGUUUCCUUUUAAAUAAAUGUUUUGCUAUGUUUUGUCACGGCUGAACGCAGCCCUUGUAUUAUCAUACGUUUUGGUGAUCUGACCACAAGGUAACAGCCAAGACACAUCGCCAUUCACACCUGUGUCUACCAUGCAUCUCCAGCACACCACUUGUGUUCAGAUUUUAUUGCUGCUGACAUCACAUACGCCAACCCGGUCUCACUUCAAAGUUGUCAAAUUUUAGCGAGUGGGCAGUGAUUUCAGGCAUCAGACACCAACUAAAAAAGCCAUCCCUUCACAUUGGCAUGAUGCGCAAUAGUAACGGCGGCUGGCUGCGUCAGGGGGAAAUGCGGCAGGACAAUGACGGAAGUUAUAGGGGGGUGAAAAGUGGGGUGGAUGGGAUGGGUGGUGGAUGGGUCCAACAACCACAGACUUUCACCCAGGAGGCCGGUGUUCUCUUCCCAUAAGAUUGUAAAGCCAAACCCUGUUCUUUUUUCCUAAACCCAACCACAUGCAUGUGUUAGCUAAAACGUGCGUUUGCUGUUGAAUGAAAAAAAUGUCAAUUCGCAGCCAACGCACCCAGGGUACCUUGCAUGUCAUAUCUCGACAUGGACAGUCCUUGAACAAACGUUGAUAUGUGAGGAGGUCGGAGUGAGAAUGUGUCACUUAUGCAGGAGUUCAACGGGCCUUGUGCAUAGUUAUUACAUCCGCACUCUCGCUAUUUACUCUCUAGCAUGCUCGCUAGCCUCGUUAGCGGUUGUGUCGGUACAGCUGGAGAUAUUGCUGUCAGCAGAAUUCAACAUGUCUCUUGGCUCCCCCUGCCCCCCUCUGUGUUUACACACAGCUUUUCCUUGAUGACCAGUUUACUCUCUCAUGUCUGGCAACAGAGCAGCAAUGUUUGUUCACACUUGGAUUCAUUCAUUAGGUUGAUAGCAAGAAAGUCAGGACGAGAGCUCCUUAUGAGAGGAAUUAGGCUCAGGUUAACAAUCCGCCCAUAUUAGCCAAUCCGAUUAGCAGCUGAAGGUCAGUUGAGACAACCUCCUUACUCAGGUGUCUAGUAAGGAUAAUGAGAGCUUGGCACAGUGAAGAAUGCACUGCUGGAUAGCAUUUAUGUUUACUUAUAAAUAUAGUUAGGCAAGCUAUAAGUGAUAAUGGAGAAAUUAAUGCAAUAGUUUAGACAAAUACUCUGACUUUAAGUAGUUAAAGCAUGGAAUAUGCAAAGACCAGGGUUCCCACGCUCAUGGAAAAUCUGGAAAAGUCUUUGAAUUUCACAAUCUCAUUUUCCAGGCAUGGGGAAGUCAUGGAAUUAGUAAAAUCCUUUAAAGUUUUGGAAAAGUAAUGGAAUUUUGAUGUGUCAUAAAAUUAAUAGUUACAGUAAUCUUGGAAUCGUGGAUAACCUUCCAAGUAAUAUAACAUAACAAUAAAUGUAUUUUCUCUAGCUGUUGGCGUAUUGUAGCUUUAAUAUGUGAUGAUGUGUGACAAUGUUUUGUUUACUUGUUUUUAUUCACAUUCUCUUCCCACGUCCCAAGUCUCCCUCCAUGUGUGCCAGCUAGUUUGAAUCUGAUAUGUUGGAAUAAGAGAAAAGGAAAUGUUGUCCAUGGAAAUGUAAGAACUGAAAACACUGGGCUUCUACCACAUCGAUGUCAUCAGUGACAAAGAAGAAAACUGUGCUUACUUUGAUUAUGUAAUGUACAUUUUGAAAUCACUAUUUUUACUUCAUGGUACCCUGUGGAGUUUCCUAAUGCUUUGUGUGCA